AGCCGUCGACUGCGCGUGCCCGGAACGGGAGGGGGCGGGGCCGAGAGCAGAUCUGACACAAGAGGUGGGGCCCAAGCUCCGCUGCGGGAAAGACGGUGGAGCCGGGACGGUGAGGUCCGGGAGCCGUCCCGCCCAGAAGCGCACGUCGUGUGUCCUGAGUGGCUCUGUCGACCGAAGCUGCCGCGCCAAGCUCCCCUCAAGCCAUGAGGAGUGCGCGGGCCGCCCGGCCCGGAGACGCCGUCGGGGCUGGCUGCGUCCUGCUACGGUGAGGACGUGAGGCUGAGAGGGGCGCAGGCGGCUGGGCUGCGCGGGAGAGCAGCGCCAUGGCGAAGGAGGAGUGCAAAGCGCUACUGGACGCGCUCAACAAGGCGACCGCAUGCUACCACCACCUGGUGCUGACCAUUGGCGGCUCAGCGGACUCGCAGAACCUACGAGAGGAGCUGCAGAAGACACGACGGAAGGCGCAGGAGCUGGCGGUGACCAUCCGCGCCCAGCUGACUGCCCCGCUGCGCGACCGGGGCCUGGGUGCAGAGGAGCGCGCCGAGUUCGAGCGCCUCUGGGUGGCUUUCUCCGGCUGCCUGGACCUCCUGGAAGCUGACAUGCGGCGUGCGCUGGCCCUGGGCACCGAGUUUCCUCUGCACGCGCCGCGGCGGCCGCUCGUGCGCACCGGGAUGGAAGGCGGCGCGACGGGCGUAGCGGCGCGCGCCCUGAGCGUCCGCAGCCUGCGGCACGAAGCGGAGCGGGACUUCGACGUGGAAGACCUGCACCAGCUGGAGCGGGAGAUCCUUCAGGUGGGCGAAAUGAUCCAGGACAUGGAGAUGAAAGUCAACGUGCCCCGCUGGACCGUGCAGGCCCGGCAGGUGGCGGGCGCCGAGCUCCUCUCUAGCGCUAGCGCGGGCGUGUCCUCUGUGGGCGGCGUGUCCGUAGAACAACGCACCGGGCCCUGCGACCUGAGCAAGGCCCUGGCUGCCACCAUCUUCAGCGCCGUGCUGCUGGCGGCUGUGGCCUUGGCCGUGUGCGUGGCGAAGCUGAGCUGACCUGCACCCGACGGCCCCCCGACGCUACCGCUCCCUCCCUGGAGGCACCCCUCCAAGAACAACUGCGACUGCUAGGACUAGGGGUGGGAGUGGGAUGUGGCAUGUUUCAGGAGAGCUGUUCUCGUGCCUAUACGUGUAGGUAUAGGCACGUUUCAAGCACACAUUUGCUAGGACAGAACAUGGCUUCCUCUUGCUGGCCAGGGAAGAGUUAAUUUUGCGCGGGCCAGCAGGGCAUUAUCGCUAAUGUAUGCAGGAGCUUUAUCCUCUAUUAAUAGAAAACCGUCCACAGUGACCCGAGAUUCCUCCAAGUUAAUAGGUUACCGCCUGUGCUGCUGGGGCGUGUUUACACUGAAUCUGGGCUUGGUCCUCUCGCCCCUGUCAGUGAUCCCAUUCUCUGAGUGGGGCAGUUUGGGGGGAAAAAAAGGGUGAGGUGAAAUGAAGUGUUGAGAAGGUGGCUAUUUUGGUGUGUGUGGGUGUGUGGGUGUGUGUGUGUGUGUGUAUUGGUUUUGUUUCCUGGACAAGAAACAAAUUGCAAAAAGAUGUAAGCAGUUGUUAUUACCUUAAUCCUUUGGAGGGCCUAAGCUUAGGAAAGUGUGCAAAUAGAAGUUCAGGCAAAAUGCUUUCCAAUACACACUUCUGCACACAGUUGCCUGUUGAAGAGGGCUCCGCCCAGUCAGCCUGGGAGGGGCUCAAGCUUUGGGAAGGGCCACAGGCUGUCUAAACAGGCACUUUCUCCUUGGCUGGAACUUAUUUUUGUUCCAGAACUAGACCAGAGUUUUUGAUCCUUCUUUGGGGGAGGGCUGGGGAAUCCUCUUUGGAGCCCUUAAUCCUGUCUAUCCCUUGGAAUUUGCUUGCUGACCCGUAGCAGAGCUGGCUUUGGAGGGAGCUGCACAGCUUCCUGACCCUGACACUGCCCUCUGAGAGGGUCAAGUGGCAUCACUGGGCACAGAGGUUUUGAGCCAGUUAGCCCUGAGACUGGGUUAGUAUGUAGCAGCUCUAACUUCAAAUGUAAGAAGUUUAAAAAAAAAAAAUCAUCGUUUGAAAGAAAAAGCACAUUUGCACAUUGUACACUUACUGUCAAACCUGAUUUUUAUAAAGGACAUUUGGCCACAAAUUCAUGCUGGUGCCAAGGAAUCAAACAUAGUGUCUUUACUUAUAUACUUAGGUUACUAAGCCUACAUCUGCAUUUAUUUUUAAAAUUGAUCUUCCUGAAGGCAGGAGAUCAUAGCAUAAACUGCUGAAACCACAGGUGUAGUGACAAGUUAAAUGGCCCCAGCCUCUUCAGGGCAAUAAAUAAGGAAAUGUGGAAAACAUCUUAGAUCCAACACUGGAAUUUGCCACAAACUCCAAUCUGUGAUCCAGAGAGAGCAUUGCUAGGGAUGUAAGGCUGAGAAAACAGAUGCAUUUAACGCUAAUCGUAAUGUGGAAUAAAACCAGAGGCUGGUUUGGCUAAAAAACGACAAGGAUUUUUUUUUUUUUUUUUCGCUUUUUAACCCCC